AUGGGGAGAGCUCCCUCGAGCGGCAACUGCCACACGUGCCGCGCCAGACGUGUCAAGUGCGACAAGGCGCGCCCCGUGUGUGAGCGGUGCACCAAGGGCGGCUACACCUGCGCCGGCUACGAGACUGUGCUGCGCAUGCAGAACCAUGCUGCAGUGGCUGGUGUCGAGCCCGGCUCCUCACGCCUUGCCAAGGUUCAGGCCAUCUCGUCCUUUCCCAGCGGUUCGGUAGGCGCCACGGCAAAGAGAUUGCCGGCCAGACGUAAGCGAGAUCAGACUGUCUCGUCUCAAACUUACGGUAAGGAGAGCAUUGAGAGCGUGCCUACCGAGAUAGGGUCGAUAUCGACAACGACAGGCUCCUCAACACCGCCCAGCCAAAUCGUCCUUAAGAAAUCUGGCAGCAACAGCAGCAGCAGCAGCAGCAGCAGAAGUAGCCCUGGCGCCGACAGCCAAAGCUAUAUUCCACAGCAGAUGGAUCUCACUCCCUUUGUGGACGACAUUUCCUUCUCUUACUUCUUCCAGUCCUACGGCUGGAUCAAUAUGCACAGCAUUCUCCUGCAAGACACGGCUAUGCGAAGCCACUUCUCCAGCGAGGCCAUGUCAUAUGAUAGCUUACGCGCCCUUUCAUAUGGUCUCUUCGGCAGGGACCACCAUCUCGAUAAUCUGAAGCAGUCCGCCUCUCGACUCUAUGGCUCAACAUUGAACACAUUGCGCGUCAAGCUAAGCAGCAACUCAAAACAUGAGCUUGCUGAACUCAUCCGGCCUAUCGCCAUCAUGGGCUCAUAUGCAGUAGCAGUGGAGCACGAUCUGAGGUUCACUCACAACCGGGGCCUGACACGAAUACUGGAGCACUGUGGCCCAGAGGCUUUUCAGUCACCGUCAUUGCUCCCUGUGUUCGAGUCUUGCAGGCUAACUCUGAUUUCGCAAUCCAUUGUUGCUCGUAAACGGUCAUUUUUGGAGGAGCCGGAGUGGAAGACGGUGCCUUGGGAGAAAUUGCCCGGGCGCAAGACUCCAAUCAGUAAAUUGCUCGAUAUCAUGGCCGAUAUUCCAGCCAUCAUUCAAGGCGCCUGGGAUGUAAUGCGGGACCGCAUACAAUGGACCAAGAGUGGCUACCAGUCCCGUCGCUGGGAGACCCCAGAGACACUCCCCCGUCUUCUGAAGCGAGUAACGGAUGCAAGGGAACAGCUGAGAGUCUGGCUUGCCGAGUGGAAACAUGUUAAUUUCUUUGGUGGACAUGAACUUAUCGAGUGGGCCUUCCGCGUCGCCCAGGACGAUGACUACCGUCCCGGCGUUGCUGGUGCGGAGGGCCCAGAUGUGUACGAGAUGAGUAUGCUCUUCGACUUGUUCCCCGACAAGAGCAGCACCCAGCAACCGCCAGCAACCCAGCAGACCUUCACGCAGAUGCAGGACUUGACUUACUACACGACCGUUCUGAUAUGGACGACGAGGUUGAUCAAGUACAUUGACGCCGCGACCAAGUCGCCGACCUCGACGACAUUCUUCAACACUCCAUUUUUCAGCAACUGUACAUGCUGCACCUCCUAUAAUGCCGUGCCAUGUCAGACUAUCCCGUCGACUUGGGCCAACGUGGAGCCAGGCAUGACCUGGAAUGUAAUGGCGGCAAAAAUGGCUGCUGGGCCCAUCCGGCUCGAGUCUGAGAACUCGGUAGCUGCUUCCUCGUCGAUGAAUCUCUACUCGACCGCGUCUUCCAACACGCCGAUGUCACGGUCAAGUUCAGAGCACACCUUUGCAGACAUAGCAGUUCUGCUGCCGGGCGAUGUCCGCUUCGCGGCUCAGUUACGCCUCCUCUCAUGGCUCGUCGACCACCUGCCUGCGAGCAGGGCACAAGUCUUGGGUGCGCUGGCUGCCAUUGGACUCGCUCACUGCGCCCACGACGUAAGGCCUACCGAGGGGAUUGCGGCGGUGGCGACUGCGGUAGGAAGAGUCUUGGAUAGCACAAAAGUCGAAGGUGCUCAACACUUGUUGCUUAGGCAAUACAGAUAG